AUGACGAACCACGCACGGUUCAUACCAACAACGUACGUCUUGGGGCAGCUUCUUCUGUACGCUGGGUGGGUGUACACUGAUGUACCGCUGUGUACCCUGUAUGUACAUAAGAAGCUACCCAUUGAAGAAACCCCAAGCCGCUUUAUAUGGACGACAAUGUUCUCCAACUGUACCCUGCGUCGGGAAACAGAAUUCCAGAGUGUCUGCCGCCACACGUCGUUGGCAUUAUUAAACCAGGGCAUGCCAUCCGACCGCUCCAACUCAGCCUAUAUGCAAAUCGCCACUGUUGAGUACGCUCUUCAGGCGACUCUACGGCAAAACAAAUCAAGCAACUUUUUAUAG